AUGGAUCACCAGAACUUUUUCUUCAAGUUUUUAAUCAUCAACACCUUCUUCCUGGCAAUCUGCUUACCAGAAGCUCACUCAGCAGAUCCAAAAUUCGACGCUUGCAUACCUAGGAGCUGCGGGAAUGGCACAGACAUAAGCUACCCUUUUUGGAUUUCUCUCAUACAAGACUCCUACUGCGGUUACCCAGGAUUCGAGGUUACCUGUGAAAAUGAAGAGCCAAUGAUACUCAUAUCUGGUAAUAAAUACCUUAUCAGAAACAUCUCCUACGCUGAUAACUUGGUUUCGGUAGUCAGCACCGAAGCACUGCAAAACGAUUGCCAUAUUCCUCUGCGGAAUUUAAGCUUCAAUGGCUCUCCUUUCGUGUAUAGUCAAAAUACUGAAAAUCUUAUCUUUUACUUCAAUUGUACAAGGCCAGUUCCACCCAAUUAUGGAUAUCUUCCCAUUAAUUGCUCCAGCAUCAACACUGGGAAUCACUCUUACGCCUUUUACCAACAUGAUUUGGGAUUGGCAAACCUGAAUGAUUCUCUUAAGACCUGUGCUCCUAUAGUGAUUGCACCUGUAGCGAAGUAUUAUUGGAUGAUGAGUUAUGUGCAAUUACUAGAUAUGGGCUACGCAGGAUUGGUAGAGGGAGGGUUUCAGUUGCAAUGGAAUGAGACUGUGAGUAGUAAUUGCAGUGAAUGCCGAGGGAGCGGUGGCCGCUGCGGAUUCUAUGAAGAAGAGUUCUGGUGUUUUUGCUCCCCGGGACCUCAACGUCAAAGCUGCAUUAUUGUGCCCCAGAUAAGUUUGGCAAAGAAGAUCAUCUCAGUUUUGUCAUUCAUUGGUUAUGCAGCAAUAUUAGCCACAAUCCUCUGGUACUUGAGAAAAUGGUAUUUGAAUAGAAGAAGAACUGCUCAAAUUGUUGCUGAUUUUCUAAAGACUUAUGGGUCGCCAAAUAUGAAAAGAUAUAGUUAUUCAGAUAUCAAGAAAAUGACCAGCUCAUUUAAAGAAAAAUUGGGCCAAGGUGGUUAUGGCAGUGUAUUCAAAGGGAAGUUAGAGGAUGGCCAUCUGGUUGCAGUGAAAAUCUUGAAUGAUUCUAAAGGUGAUGGAGGAGAAUUCAUUAAUGAAGUUGCAACCAUUAGUAAGACUUCCCAUGUUAAUAUAGUUAGUCUUUUAGGUUUCUGCUUUGAUGGAUCUAAAAGAGCUCUCUUAUAUGAGUUCAUGCACAAUGGAUCUCUUGAAAAGUUCAUCAAUGAUAUGGAACCAGCACAAACAAGACCUCACCUUUGUUGGGAAAGACUAUAUCAAAUUGCAGUUGGCAUUGCUCGGGGAUUAGAGUAUUUACACCGUGGUUGUAAUACACGCAUUUUACAUUUUGACAUAAAACCCCAUAACAUUCUUCUAGAUGAGGAAUUCUGUCCAAAGAUAUCUGAUUUUGGUCUUGCUAAACUAUGUCCUAGAAAAGACAGUAUUAUAUCAAUGACAGGUGCCAGAGGAACUGCAGGAUAUAUUGCACCUGAAGUGUUUUUUCGAACCUUUGGAGGAGUCUCACACAAGUCAGAUGUCUAUAGUUAUGGAAUGAUGGUACUAGAAAUGGUUGGGGGACGAAGGAACAUUGAUGACCAAGUUGAUCAAACUGGUGAAAUAUAUUUUGCAAACUGGAUGUACAAGUGUGUUGGAGUAGGCAAACAGGCAAGAGUAAAUGAGGCUAUGAUGGAAGAGGACGAAGAAAUUUACAAGAAGAUGACUUUAGUGGGAAUGUGGUGCAUACAGGUUGAUCCAGCAAAUCGACCAUCGAUAAGUAAAGUAGUGGAUAUGUUGGAAGGAAACCUUGAAUCUUUGCCAAUACCACCAACACCUUUCUUUUCUUCUUCUUCGAGAUCACUUGUUAAUAUGCCCAUCAAUGAAAUACUUUAAAUGGCUUGUGCUUUAUUUAUUUUUAUUUUUUUCUGGUGACUCGCUUUGA